ACAGAAUUAAACGAUGGCUCACCUCUGCAUCUUCCUGCUGGUCGCCUCGGUGGUGGCUGAGCCUAUGAACAACAGCCUUGAGGAAAAUGAAGUCCUUACAAGCACACAACCAGACCUCAUCAAGAUCCAGGACCAGUUGACUGAAAACCUCAUUGGAAAUCUCAGUGAGCCUACUCCAACUCACACACCUACUACAGUGGCUACUUUCAUUACUACAAGUGUUAGCCGAGCGUCCACUGUGGCCGCUAUCCAGGCCUCCAGUCUCGCUCCUCUGUGUCCCGGCAACCAGGUGAGGCUAGAGGGCAGCUCGGAGUGCAGCUGCCCAUCAUCCAACAUGCUGAAGGAUGGCGAUGUCUGCACCUGCCUCCUCGGCUUCAGCGCAGCGGAAUGUAAAGACAUUGAUGAGUGUGCAGAAGAGGAGCCGUGCGGUCCUCACGCCAGCUGCACCAACACCCCUGGCUCAUACUCGUGUAGCUGUCACCGUGGUUACAUGGCGGGCGGUGGAGGGUGCCAGGAUAUAGACGAGUGUGCUCUGGCGGAACUGACGGGCCUGCAAGCCUGCAAGGACAAUGCACAGUGCACAAACACCCCUGGUUCCUUCACUUGCUCCUGCCUGGUGGGUUAUGUCAUGGCCCUGGAUGGACUAAACUGUGAAGACGUGGAUGAGUGUAGCUUCGAGGAGCUGUGUAGCCGUGAGCUGGGAACUGUGUGCCUGAACAGCCCGGGUAGUUUUGUGUGUCAGUGCCGGCCGGGAUUCACAGCAGAGGUUUGUGUUGGUGCUAUGUGUCCAAACGUCACCAAAUGUCAAGAUGUGGAUGAAUGCUUGGAGAGUCCCACCGUGUGUGAGGGUCGCGGGGUUUGUGAGAACACGCUCGGGAGUUACAAGUGUGUGUGCCCGCCCGGUUACCGGGGAAACGGCACACACUGUGAAGAUACAAACGAGUGCGCAUCAGGUGUUCAUGGCUGCGAUGUUAACGCUCGGUGUGGCAACAUCAUUGGCUCCUACUUCUGCCAGUGCUCCCAGGGCUUCAAUGGAGAUGGACAUACUUGCUUUGAUAUUGAUGAGUGUGCUGUUGAUAAAGGACACUGUGACCACAACUGUACCAAUCAACCAGGAGGGUACACUUGCCAGUGUGCCUCUGGCUACCAGCUAAGCCAGGAUGAACGUAAUUGCACAGACGUAAACGAGUGUUUGUCCCUGAGUGGAAUCUGUGCACACAUCUGUGACAACAUUCCGGGAUCUUACCGGUGCUCUUGCAGGCCCGGCUACCAGCUUCACAUUGACAGUCACACCUGUGUGGACAUCGAUGAAUGCAAACUCCAGAACGGCGGCUGCUCCCACACCUGCAGCAAUUCUCCAGGGGGGCACGAUUGCCACUGCCCUCCUCCUCUGCUGCUACACACGGACAACUUCACCUGCAGUAACGUCACAUCUUGUAAACUGAGAAACGGUGGUUGCGAGCACGUGUGCGUGACCGGGGCAGAGGGCCACGUCCAGUGUAGCUGCCGCGCUGGGUGGAAACUGAGCGAGGACCAGAGAAGCUGCGUGGACGUGGACGAGUGCGGAGACUUUACAAACGGAGGCUGUGAGCAGCUCUGUAAGAACUACCCGGGAGCCUUCAACUGUACCUGCAGGGAAGGCUAUCAGGUUCAAACAGACGACCGCACCAAGUGCCAGCCUGUGUGUGACCCUGCCUGUCGGAACUAUGGAGUGUGCAUGGCGCCAAACAGCUGUGACUGUCCUCCGGGAUACCCUGGCCUUGGCUGCUCAGCCAUGUGCUCCCCUCCUUGUGCACAUGGAGGCACAUGUAUGCGCUGGAACAAGUGUCUGUGUCCUUCAGGCUGGACUGGAGAAGGCUGCCAUACAGCCGUGUGCGAGCUGCCGUGCGCUAACGGUGGUCGCUGUGUGGGCCCCGAUACCUGCCAGUGUCCCUCCGACUACACGGGCCCCCAGUGCCUCCUGCCUUUGUGCACACCCGCCUGUCAAAAUGGCGGUAGAUGCGUGGACGUGAAUAAAUGCACGUGUGUCAGCGGAUGGCAUGGAGCUCGUUGCCAAAUAGAGCCUGUUCAGUGUCAGAAACCUUGUCAAAACGCUGGCGUGUGCGAAGGUCUCAACAGGUGUCGCUGUCCCAAAGGGUUUAUCGGACAUCUCUGUGAAACAGCCGUGACUACGCCAUGUGUGCCGCCAUGCCAGCACGGCGCCACCUGCAGUCCUCACAACACUUGCACCUGUCCGGAGGGCACAGCGGGACUGCGCUGCGAGAGACUGACUUGCCCGGUGGUCACCACUGUGGUCAGCAUGGCUCGAGCAGUGAGAAAAGCCUUCAAGGAGAGCUACGUUGACCGUUGUGGACCCUUGGGGAUUCAGCUUUGCACCAAAUACAGGAUGAACCAAGCACGUGUGUACCUGCAAGCCUACAGGGUGGGCUACAAAAUCCAGUGUCCAGGGAAGCAAAGCGCUGUUUGAUAAACACCUGUUUCGCAGCAUUUCAGUCAAUGUCUAGGCAGCUGUCAGUCAGUUUAAACAUGGAAAGAAGACAACUUUGGGCUUAAACCUUGAAGUAAAAGGGAUAAUAAUCUUGUAUUAUUAUUAUUUUUUACAGUAUAAAGCAUUGUUUUUAUUUCUGGACUAAUGUUCAUUAAAAGUCAUAUGCACAAUGAAUACAUUUGUCAUUGUGUUUUGUUUUUUUAUGUCAGGUUUAAGUGUUUAGGGCACGUCCGACAGGUACAUGUUGGGAAGACUAUGUCUCCCGGCUGGCCUGGGAACGCCUCGGGAUCCCCCGGCAGGAGCUGGAUGGAGUGGCUGGGGAGAGGGAAGUCU